AUGGACCAAAAGGAAAUCCUCCAGAGGUACCUGGAUGAGGCCAAAAACAAGAAACUUGUUCGGGAAGAGUUUGCUAGCGAGUUUCUGAAGCUGAAAAGGCAAUCUACCAAGUAUAAGAUGGAUAAAACAUACCCUACAACCGUGGCUGAGAAGCCAGAAAAUAUCAAGAAAAACAGAUACAAGGACAUCUUGCCUUUUGAUCAUAGCAGGGUAAAGCUGUCCCUGAUAACUUCUGAUGAGGAUUCCCACUAUAUCAAUGCCAACUUCAUCAAGGGUGUAUAUGGCCCCAAGGCAUACAUCGCCACGCAGGGGCCUCUGGCCACCACUCUUCUGGACUUCUGGAGAAUGAUAUGGGAAUACAGCGUUCUGAUCAUUGUUAUGGCAUGCAUGGAGUUUGAAAUGGGAAAGAAAAAGUGUGAGCGCUAUUGGGCUGAGCCAGGAGAGACCGUUCUACAGUGUGGCCCCUUCUCCAUCUCCUGUGAAUCUGAAAACAAGAAAUCAGAUUAUGUUAUCAGGACAUUAAAAGCCAAGUUGAACAAUGAAACUCGAACCAUUUAUCAGUUUCAUUACAAGAACUGGCCAGAUCACGAUGUGCCCUCAUCUAUAGAUCCCAUCCUUGAGCUUAUCUGGGAGAUGCGGUGUUACCAAGAGGAUGACAGUGUUCCCAUUUGUAUUCACUGCAGCGCCGGCUGUGGGAGGACUGGUGUUCUUUGUGCUGUUGAUUAUACCUGGAAACUGCUUAAAGACGGAAUAAUUCCUGUGAACUUCAGUAUUUUUAGUUUAAUUCAAGACAUGCGGACACAGAGACCUUCCUUAGUGCAAACUCAGGAGCAGUAUGAGUUGGUCUAUAAUGCUGUGCUAGAACUGUUUAAGAGACAGGUGGAAGUUCUCACAGAUAACCAGGAUGCUGCUGGUCCACAGAUUCAAGGAAACCAUGCAAUACUUAAGCCACAUUCAGCUCUCGAAGGUGAUCCUUAUUCUCAUAUGGCACCAGAUUGUCCUGAUGAAGACGACUCAGUAAAAUGCCAGCAGAACAAACAUGUGACCCAAGAAGGAACAGUAAAAGCUUCAUCAUUAGAUUGUGGUACUCCUGAACCACAUGGAAGCCAAGGAUUCAGUGCACAUUCAGUUAAGCAGGAUGCUUCUGUUGAAGUUUUGGAGUUAAACUGUAGUUCUGAGCAAAAUGCAGAUAGAUGUAUGAAAUGGGAGACAAAGUUACAUUCACUGCUUGGGGAACCACUCCAAAAACAUGGAAGUUUGGAUUUGAACUCCAUUUUGGCUGGGACUUGUUCCAAUUCAGGACAUGCAAAUGGAAGACAGCCUAAUGUAAAGGUGCCACUGACACGAACCAAAUCCACUCCCUUUGAAUUGCCACCACCGAGACAAACAAAGGAGUGUGAAAUCAAUGCUGCAUUUCCUUGUUUGGAAGCCCAGCAGGGCCACUCCUACUCUUCUAUUGACUUACAGGCUCAAAGGCUAAAAACUAUUUCUUCAGUGGAACUGAAUCAUUUACUAAGUGACCCGAAGCCCCAAAUGCAUGCUGCUUCCCAUCCCAAGGUCUAUGUUUCCAGUGCAUACAAGGUACAUCCUUACACUUCCUUAGCAGAAGACCCUUAUUUUUCACAGCUGCCUCCAAGUAACGCUGAUCCUCCGAUGUGUGUCGAUUUCUUGGAGAAGCCAGGUGGAACUGUCUUUUCUUUCUCUUCAUCAUCUACAGCCACUACAACUCCAAUCUGUGAUGGUGGUUCAUUUAAUUCUUUAGCAUCAAAUCCUUCAACCAAUCAUUUUCAUCCACCUCUCAGUAGAAGGACAUCAGUAGACUCUGCAGAAUUAGAUGAUGAAAUCCCUCCUCCUUUGCCUGAACGGACCCCUGAAUCCUUUAUUGUGGCUGAGGAAUCUGGAAACUUUUCAGAGAUGACUUCCAAAGCCCACUCUUCACCUGCGAAGCUAAAAAUUGGAACAUCAUUGGAAUGGAGUGGAGUUACUGAAUCAGAGAAAUCUGAUGACUCAAUUCGACUGAGACCAAGUAAGAGUGUGAAGCUAAGAAGUUCCAAAUCAGAUGAGGAUCGUUCUUCAUCCCCUCCUCCUCCACUUCCAGAAAGAACACCCGAGAGCUUCCUUCUUGCUGAUGAAGACUCUAUGCAGAUCCAAUCUGUAGAAACCCGUUCUACCAACUGCUUGGAGAACCUGGAAGAUAUAACUUCUUCUCAACAGUCAUUGAAGACUUCUGGAAAAGGAUUCACAAGGAGUAGGAGUUUAAAAAUUCUACGAAAUGUGAAAAAAAGUAUCUCAUCACAACCAGUCAAGCCAGCAGAAUCUGUACAAUCAAACCACUCUAGUUCCUUUUUGAACUUUGGGAAGGCAUUCAGAGUUUAUUUCAUACCCAUAUGUGUUAUCUUUACCCACUUCUAUCACUAUUUGCAAAGGCUUUGCAAACCGUUUUUCAAAACCAAAAGGACCAAGAAAUCCGCCUGCAUCAUGGAACAUUUAAUCUGACUUCUAACUUGCAUUCAGAAGAAUGCAAAUUGGAAUUUGCAGAGUAAGAGAGCAUUGUGGCCAAACAAAAACAUCAGAAUGCUGCCAGAUGAAAUAAAUGUGCUCUAUAAUCACCACAUCACCAGUGAACUGAUAUGCUAAUGACGCAAAUAGCUUUAAAACAAAAGAGAUGCGCAAAUAUGUACAUCAUUUUGGGACAUUCAUCUUAUUUACAUCUAGUUGGAAGUAACUAGUUCAAGAGUUGUAUUUAGAGGCUUGAGAAUGGAUUUUCUUUUUCCGCUUCUGAAACGAAGCUAUUCUUAUAUUUAUGUAUAUGGUAAUAAGGUUUGCAAAAGUUGAAUGUUAGAUAUUAUUUCUAUAUAGUCCUGGCUCUGCGUGACCUUGGGGAAGUGACUCUACUUGUCUUGGCAUCAGGCGGUUUUUUUUUUUGUCUAUUAAAUGUAAAUAAUUAUACUAGUCUUGCACAUCUACAUCACAAGGUUGUAGUGGGUAAUAAAAUAAUCCAAAUAAAAGUCCUUUGAAAAUGUAAA